AUGGAUGUGACGAAUGCCUCACAAGCAAUCGAAGCAAGGAAUGGUAAUAAGGAAAACAGGGUACCUGCAGAACAGCCUGCCGUGCAGCAAGGUGACGGAGGUGCAGGAGGAGAUAUUGAAAUGAUUUUGUCUGAACUUAAUAGUGCAUAUCCAGAAAAACCACUCAUCUCUCCUGACCCGUCAGAAAAAAGAACAAAGCGGAACAUGGACAACGAAGCACCCGAGCAAGUGCCAGCACCAACUUCGAGCAGGGAGCUACAAAAAGAGAGGCCAUCAGAAACCAAGACUGCCGUUCCUCCUAGAACAAAAAGACAAAAGAUAAAGGACAAAACUCAACUCAUCAGCGACAGUGCUACCUUGCAGCAGCAACAGCCAAGACCUCUAAUGGUGCUCCCGCCAGCAGUUACAGGGGUCAAGAAUGAACUAACUAAAACCAAGAAGAAAAACAAAAGACAACGGUUGGAAGAAGACGAGGAUGAUGCCAGCAAAGAGUCAGAGCGUGAUGCUGCCGCCGACGACGAUGGCACAAAACAUGAUGAUGAUCUCAUUCGUGCAGAGGGCGAUGACGCCGCAGGGGACAACGGUGGCGCCGCAGAGGACAGCAACAAUGAUGUAAAACCAAGACAGAAGCGGACAAAGAGGAUAAAGACAAGUGGAAAAGAAUUGGCAGCACCAACGGAUGAUGAACAUGAGGUAACAACAAAUAAGGACAAAUGCGAAAUCAAGGCAGGAGCAGCAUUUGAUCAGGUCAAUAGAGCAUGGAACUUACUAGAAGAACGUCACCGGCAAGAUGUUAGGACGGCCAGGUUUGGAAGCAUAGAGGAAUGCCAAAUAAAGCGCUCCAUCUGCAAACCGCUUGCAGCACACAUCUACGACAACCUGGACACAGAAAGCAUGACAAUAACAUUCGGUGAUGCUGAUCAGCUGAAAGAAAUCAAGAUUACCAAGGAAGCUAUACACAAGGUGUUUGGAUACCCAAACGGCACGGAAAACUCAGCACCAAGGCCAGAGAAGAGCCGAACUUCAAUGAAAGAACUGAUCACAGAACUUGGCCUCAAGAAAAUGGAUUUCCAUCACGACAAUCUGUUUAAAGAACUACAAAAAUUGGUGAAAGUAGAUGACGAACAAUCAAACAGGAAAUCAGUUAAAAUAUUUUUCCUUAUUUUUUUCCACAACGUUGUCUGUGGAACAACCUCCCCUACCUUCAGCAAACAAGCCAUUAUGGUCAAGGACUUGGACUAUCCAGAAAUGGCAAAGAUGGAUUUCUGCGAGGUAAUCGUCAAAAGUAUUAAGGAAGGAGCCAAGAUAUGGCAGAAGCACAGGUUGUUGCCUCAGGAAGAAAAGAACAAAAAGCAUCUCAAUGGUUUGGCACAGGGACCAGUAAUAAUGUACCUCGACUCCCUGCUGUUGCCGACCGACACAAUAGAAAUGCGCAAGAUUGCAAAGACAAUGGACAAGACAUCAUUACCGCGAGCAAACCACCUAAAAGAGAGUGACCUAAAGAAAAUAGCUAGAGCAGACAUGAAAAGGGACGGAAAAGCACAACCAGAUGACUAUGAAUUUGGCAAGAUAAAGAGUGAGCUUACCAGAAGAGACGACGCUAAAGUUGCAGGAUGGAGCAGACGCAGGAGCCACAGCUGCACUUGUACAUGGCAACCACACAAAAGAAGUCGCAGCCCCAGCAGAACCAGGAGCGAGGAGAAAAAGGAAGAACAAGACCAACAAAACAAACAUGAAAGGAAGAAAAGAAUAACAAAAUCAAGAACACAGACCUCGAGAAUUAGCCAGAGGGAGACAAAAGAACAUAACAAGGUGCAAAAAGAGCAAAGCAAGGAGCACGUAUCAACCAAUACAGCAAGUGCCAAAGGACAGCAAGAACAAGGUAGAAAAGUAGCUGCAGAAGCAGAGAAUCAAGAUGAGAAACAGGGACACGGCAAGAGAACGCCACCGAAACAUAAAGGCCAACAGCAGCAUGUCGUCAAGAACACCGAGCAAGAGGAUGGAAGCAAUAGAACAAGCAACCCAACAACAGAUGAUGCUCCCUCAAGAGCAUCAACAGGAGCAGUACAAGAGACGAACAGGAUCAGAGGCAACAAAGACAUGGGUAUUACAAGCACAACACAAAGAGAAGAGGAUGCCCAUGCAAAACAGAAAGUUGAUAUAGAAGAGCUCUUCAGCACAAGAGCAUUUCAGAUGACCGAUACAGGGGAGAAAGCCUCAGACACUGCACCUGGUGACACACCCAAGGCUGGUAUACAAAGCAAAGAAAAAGUGGACGCACAAACGGAUAUCCCAACCACCGGCGCAAAGGAAACAAACGAGGACGGUCAUGCGGAAGAACAGCAAGGAAUACAAACAGAACAAACCAAAAAACAAGGGCAAAUGGCGACUAAAAUGGUACCCAGUGCGCCGACCAAAGAGCAGUCUUCACGUGACAAACACAACCGAGAAGACAUGCCACCAACAUCGAAGACCAACGAGAAGAAAGAAACAAAUGAAGCAGAAGAUGUGCCUCAAGAAGCGAUAGAAAGUGCUGCUACCGCUCGACAAUGUACAAAAACUCCAGAAGACAGAGAAGAAGUGACAGGAACGGCAAAAGAGAUAUUGAAUGUAGAGAUGCAAGAAAUAGAGGAGAGCACCAAUAUUCAAGACCAACAAACACAACAACAAAAGGGAAUGGAACAAGCAGAAGAUGUUCUUCCAAGAACAGACAGCGUAACUGCCGUAGACCAAGCUAGAAAACCUUUGUUGUCCAAGCAAGAAAUAACAGGGAUGCCAAUGUCGACGCAAAAGAUUGAUAAGGUGAAAUGA